AUGACUAUGCUUGGAUUAUUAACAAUUAGAGAUUAGUCAAUUAAUUAAUGUGCUCCAAGCUAAGAAAACUAGGAAAGAACUAGAAAUAUACUAACAAACAGAGUAUUUAUUAUGCAAUACCCAGCAAAUGAGCCUUGUGAGGAUAGAUUCAAUUGUUACCAAUUAAAAAAUAUUGAGGGUUACUAUAGUGCUGUGUUUGAUGGACAUGGUGGUUGGUAAUUAUCUGAGUAUGCAAUGAGGCAACUUCACAUUUAUAUUGAUCAAGAGUUGAAAGGUGCAAAAAAUGAUUCAGAUGUGAAGAAUGCAAUAAAGAAAGCGUUUGACAAGAUUGAGAAUGAUUGGAUUGCAGUUGCUAAGUAAACUUUUGACAAAGGGUUUCCUCAAAGUGCUUACGUAGGAUCUUGCGCUUUAGUCACUAUUGUUUAUAAUAACAAACUAUAUGUUGCCAAUGCUGGUGACUCAAAGGGAGUAAUGCUCAGACAAAAGGAAGAUGGCUCUUAUGAAGCUGUAAAUCUUAGCAAGACAUUUAAUGCGAACAAAUCAUAUGAGUAAGAAAGACUUAAGGAGUAGUUUAAAAAUGAGAAGGAUAUAGUGAGAUGUAAGCAGGUAGAAAAGAAAGCAUGUUACGUUAAGGGUGGUCUCAUGCCCACUAGAUCAUUCGGAGAUCUAAGAUUGAAGAUGUCUGAAUUCAACUUUCAUAAUUACUCUCCAGAUCUUGGCUAUAGAAUCCCGAUUCCAUAAUUCACAGGCCCAUAUGUCACUCAUGAACCUGAUAUUUAGGUAUAUGAUUUGACUGAGAAAGAUCAAUUCAUUAUCUUGGCAUCGGACGGUUUAUGGGAUGAAAUAUCAAGAAAAAGAGCAGCUGUCCUUGCAAAAGAUCACGAUAAAGAGAUGAAGGAGCUUACAAUGGAGUUACUGAAUGCUGCAUUAGAGAAUGUUUCAAAAGAAAGAAGCGUUUCAAGAGAAUUUAUAGCGUAAACUCCCCCAGGAAAGCUAAAAAGAAAUAUACUUGACGAUAUGACAAUAGUUGUAGUUAGUUUAAAGAAUCAAUUCAAACAGUGA